AUGCUUGCAGUAAGUUCUCGUCGCUUUCUUCAACUCUCAAGUGUGGCAAUGGCAGCAUCCAAUAUCUAUCAGUUCAAGGUGAAAGAUGCCGAUGAGAAGGAGGUGUCAUUAGACAAAUACAAGGGCAAGGUGCUCAUUGUUGUCAACGUUGCAUCGCAGUGUGGUCUGACGAAUGCCAACUACACACAGUUCAAAGAGCUUCUUGAUAAGUACAAGGCACAGGGAUUGGAAGUAGCUGCGUUCCCUUGCAAUCAGUUCGGUGGACAGGAACCCGCUUGCGAGCUCGAUAUCAAAAAUUUUGUAUCCAACAAAUUCAACUUUGAGCCAGAUCUCUACGCCAAGGUAAACGUGAAUGGCGACAACGCUGAUCCUCUUUUCAAGUAUCUGAAGAAAGAGCAGGGCGGCACGAUGUUUGACGCAAUCAAAUGGAACUUCACAAAGUUCUUAGUGGACAGAGAUGGGAAUGUUGUGAAAAGAUUCGGCCCCACAACUGAGCCAAAAGAUAUGGUGAAGGACAUCGAGAAACUCCUUGCAAGUGGCUCUACAAAACUCUAA